UCUCUCUCUUUCUCUCUCUCUCUCACUAUUGCGCUAAUCUCCACCGGCUUUAGUAGCAGGGUUUGGGCGAAAUGGAGCGGAAACCGGGAGGCCACGUCAUCCCUCAGACGACGUCGUUCUACUGCAGUGUGGCCGGGACGAGCGACGUCCAAACGAUGAUGAAGCGAAGCGCGUCGGAGUUGGCUCUGGCGGAGUUCGUCAAGAUCGGCAACGACGUCGUUUGGACCAACAGUAACAACAACAACAACAGCAACAACAACAAUACUAAUAAUAAUAACGGGAUUAACGAGAAGAUUACUUAUCAUGAUGAGAAGAGCAGAUCAGUUAAUAAUUUCUCCAAGACGGAUGGAUUUUUCGGCGAUGAUUUUAGCUUUGCUUUCAAAAAUCGGGAAAUUAUGAAUUGCUACUCAAGCAGUGCUGGACUCACAGAAACCAUUCUCUGCUCUCAAAAUCUCACACCCAAGAAUUCCUGCGUCUCAGCAACCAUAGAUUCCCAAUCAUCAAUUUGUGUUGGAAGUCCAAUAUCAGCCAAUAAAUCAAAAGGCGGAGAUGAUGAAUUACAAACAAGAGGGGCUUCAAGUGGUUCCUCCCAUGAACAAUCAGAUGAUGAUGUUGAGAUUGAAGCUGGACCCUGUGAACAGAGCACAGACCCUACUGAUAUUAAACGAAUUAGAAGGAUGGUUUCAAAUCGCGAGUCUGCUCGGCGAUCAAGAAGAAGAAAACAGGCCCAUUUGGCAGAUCUUGAGUUUCAGGUUGAGCAACUUAGAGGAGAAAAUUCAUCUUUGUAUAAGCAGUUUACAGACACUACUCAGCAAUACCGUGAUGCUGAUACAACUAACCGAGUGCUUAGAUCUGAUGUGGAAGCUAUGAGAGCCAAGGUGAAGUUAGCUGAAGACAUGGUUGCUCGAGGCUCCUUAACUUCAAGCUGCUUGAAUCAACUAAUUCAAAGUCAUCUGAAUAGCACACCACAACACUUCAACCGUCCAAAUCUUCACCGUACAGUGAGUGUCUCGCCGACCAUCACCGUCCACGCUGAUCAUCAGGACAAUCCCUAUGCGGGAAUCGCUGUGUCGGGUCAAAAUCCAUCCCUGCUUGGACUUGGAAACCCCAAUUUUUCUUCUCCCAAUAUCACUGCCGGGAUGUUGAGUGAUGCUGUUAGCAGUGUCUCAGAAAUUUGGCAAUAGGAAAGAGGAAUAAUGGCAAAUGCAUAUGCCAAUUUAGACUGUUAAUCCUCAUGUGUUGUUUAUUAGUUUGUAGCUUUUGGUGUUUUUCUUGUUUUUGUCAUUGUUGUUAGUUUCUGAAGUGUUUCUAGCUUUUUUUUUUCCCCCCCUCCUGUGUGAAGUAUAAGAACUUUCUGUUGUAGUAGAAAAGCUA